UUCCGGGCAAAAUAUCAUUUUAGUUUAGUAAUAGAAACAUAGCGUGGUGGCAGCGUGGUGCUUUUAGUUUCCAGAGAAGAGAAAAAAAACUUAAUAAACGACUGUACGGGCUUGAUUCACUUUCGUGAUUGUAUCCUUGUUUUAUUAUACACACGUUUGUUGUGCGGUGCGGACGGUUUUUGUUUUGUUUAUACUAUCAUACUACUCGUUUGGGGGGUAGAAAGCGAAAUAAUUUUUUAAAUGGUUUAUAAUAAUUUGUAUAACGUUUUGUCAGUGGAAUAACUAAUUAUCAUAUUAUAAAGAUACGCUAAUUGCAUGUCUAUAAAUUACAAGUGUAUACAGGUCGUUAUCGUUAGUAAUUUUUUUUAAAGACGAAUUUGCAUCAAGGUUUUGACAACGUUUUGCAGUGACUGUACAAAGCCGGCUUCGAAUCUUAUUGAAUACGAGUCGAGCGAAAAGGGCAUUUUAUUUCGCUCUGAAAUCGGUAUUAAACUUUUAUUAUCGUUCGCCCAGCCUUCGAAAUACGGAAUACACGUACGCUUUCGCUAACACGUUUACCAGAUGUUAUUAAACUAAGUGCCAUAGAAAAUUUAUUGUGAGUAAUUUCUGUAUGCAGAAGGGAAAUUCAGUUAAAAUUUCAUGACUCAACAAAAAAAAUUUUUUUUGCUCCUCUUACGUUGAUGAUGGAAAAUUGUUGAAUUGAAUCGAGAAGAGAGUGUUUCCCGUUGGUGCGUAAAAUAUAAGAUUCUCAUUGUGCGGUUGAUCAAUACGAGAUUGUGUUCAGACUAUACGGUCUCAGAAGUGUUAUAGUGACUACCAAUCAGUUUUUGUGCCAGUUAAAAAUGGGUUGCAAUACGAGCCAAGAACCAGCGCCAGUAUCCGUUGAUAACGAUGCUAAUGCAACGGAUACCGGUAAUGGCGGUGUCAACGCUGAACCGGAAAUGAAAAAGGAAAGUGGUGAACAGAAUCACAAACCACAGCCGAAUGAGACACCAAUGAUGAACGGAGAACCACUGGGGAAAGAUGAAGAAGAAGCAGCUGUGAAAAUUCAAGCCGUUUUUCGAGGUCAUAAAGUACGAGCCAAUAUGAAACAAGGCGACUCAUCAUCUAAUAAUUCAAAAGAAGUCGCUCAAGUGCCAUCAACUAAUAAUGCUGACACAACGGAUGAGCCAACGAAAGAGGAACUGGAAGCUGAAUUUAGAGAAGACGAUAAAGAACUAUGCCAUGCAGCUACACGAAUUCAAGCAACAUUCCGUGGUCAUUUAGCCCGUAAGGUAGCCAACGAAGGUGCAUUAAAAGACGAAAAAGAUUUGCAGGAAAUAACCAAAAAAGUUGCCGAAGAAUUGGACAUUGAUCUAACCGAUCCCGAAUUGAAUAAAGCUGCCACAAAAAUUCAAGCCUCUUUCCGAGGGCACAAGGCACGUCAGACCGAAUAGGAACUUAAUAUUAAUGUAAACGAACAUUAAAAAUGAAUGAUGUGGUAAAUUUUAGUUUCAUAAAAAAUGGUAUCCUUAUUAAGUAUGUUUCUGUUGAUAAGAGAACAUAAAAAAUAAAAUUAAAAAAAAUUAAAAAAAAAUUAAAAAAAAUGAAAUUCAAUUAAUUAAAAAUUACAAUGAAAAUGUAAAAUGCCGUAAAUGGAACUUAAAAACGUUUUCGUUUGGAAAUCAAACAUAUUUUUCGUUCGUUUUUGUGAAUUUAGCUGAUUAAAAAUUUAAACAAAAAGAAAAUGAUAAAAAAAUGAAAAUAAAACCAAUUUAUGUAGAUGAAAGUAUUUUGUUAGAGAAAAACCGUACCUACUAACUAAUCACAACCUAUAUUGAUGAUAUGAAAAAAAAGUAAGCAAAAAAACAAAAUAAAAUAUUUCCGUAUAUUAAAUGAAAGGUAAAAAUAUUGAAAAAACUAUGAAUUAAAGGAAAAUGAAGUAAAUGGUCAAGUGCGUAAGGAGGAAUCUGCAAUCAGCGUGUAAAUCACAUUUUUAAUACUGAUUAUGAUCGCUUAGAACUUAUCGGCUGUUUUUUAAGUAAGAUCUAAUCGUUGACGUUGAUCAAUUCGACAGCAGAUCGUACCAAACAAGAUUUUCGUAUUUAUCUACAACUUCUACAGAUCAUUUAUAUAAGAUUCGGUACUUUUAAACACAACAUCACUUUAGUUUCGUUAAAUGUUUUGUUUGUUUGAUUUCAUUUCAUUUCUGUUUGACUUGAUUGGCAAUUAUUCGUCAACAUUCAUUAGAGAAUAUUUGACAGUUUUAACAAGGAUAUCCAUAUCGCAGAUAUGGGUAGGGGAGAGAGAUGGUUAGUGAACAUUGACAGUUGUCGCUUAACGAAAAACAAUUGCUGUACGCGCCCUGAGUUACCAAAUAAAUGUCAAUGUACGUAAGUACAUUCAUUCGAUGAAGUUGUUAAAUUGCUGCAUAGCCAAAAAACAAGUUCUUUAUGGGUGCCUACACUGGAACUUUGUGUAUUAAGAGGUGUUGUGUUGUUAACCUCGGCUUCGCCUCGGGUUGAUAAUUUUUCUCAUGUUUAGCGCAAAGUUUCCAUAUUGGUGCGUGUGCUAUUUUGUACUGCGGCUGCAAACAUUAAUGUUCGAAAGUGGCAGUGCAUAAAAAGGAUCCAUUUCGACACGUCUUUCGAACAAAAAUUUUCGUAACGAAACAAAUUUGUCAUUUCUCAUUUGUGAAGACAUUUUUCGACACUGCUCUUACUGAGCUAUUACAAUUUAAAAUCAACUCAGCAGCGAAGUGAGACUUCACAUUGAAUUAUUGAAUUGUUAGUUGUGGGUUCGAAAUUCAACCGCGACACAUUGAUUCUUUUCAUCAGAUCGUUGUCCACAAUUGCAACAUUUGACUGAAUUUGGUUCAUUCGGAUUUGAUUUAGUACCGAUAACGUCUCUAUGUCUUUACAUGGAAGAUUUGUUUGUAAAUGACGUUCAGUCAGGUGGAUGAAAGCCGGUGACGGUUUGUGUUGUCUUUUAAUAGUAUAUUACCACAUUAGUUGAUAAGCAACACCAUUUUGUCGUAUAUUAUACGUAUACGCGCGGAAUACAAACAAUAUUUAUAACGAGUUCAGCGCAGCAGAGCGAGUGUUAGUAAAUUUGACAAGAUGACAGAAGGGUGACAGCUUGAAAUUUGUCUAACACCUGUCGGAAUCUGUUUCUAAUAACUUGUGUCAUAAUCAGCCUUAAGAGCGCUAUUAACACGUCGAUUGCCGAAUAAGGGUAUUCCUCACUUACGCUUCAAACAAUAAAAAAUUAUUUAAAAAUAAAUACAAACAAAAUGAAUGAACACAACUAACUAAAACCACCAAACAAUAUAUUAUUGCAUUAAAUUUUAAAUCAAUUACAAAAAAGAAUCCAGAGCUGCAUAAACUAUACGACCCAUUCUUAUUAUAUAUAAAGAAAAAAAAACUUUUACAAAAAUAUAUUCCUAUGAACAUCGCCAUAUUUUUAACUUUUUGCUAAAACAAAAUCAAAUUGUAAACAGAAAAACAUUUAAAAACCAAAAAAAUGAAUUUAAAUUUAAAUGAAAAGAUGAAAAGAUCGCAGUUUCAAUUCGAACUUAUCAAUCUGAACAUUAUUUAAAAAAUAAACAUCACACCUUGCCACGGCAGAGUAAAACCAGGCAGGAGCCGUUCAAUUUUCGAAUGUCAAAUAAGGGACCUAGUAAGGGAAAAUGAACUCAAAUGAACACUGACAUAAAUUGAAUUAAUUUCAUUCGCAAAAAAAUAAGGCUACCAGAUAAUUCAGGUCCUCAGUCGAAUCAAGUGCUCCUGCCUGGUUUUACUCUGCCAUGCACCUUUCCGAUGAUCAACCUUUUUGUCUGAAGAUCAUAAAAGCAAAAAAAAAAUCUUUUUUAAUAAAUCGAACAUAAAAUUCAAAAUUUGAUAAAAUCGAUAUUUUCCCAACGCUUUGAAUGGAACAGCAGAACCCACAACAAAAAAUUGUUUAUUUCUAUUAGAUGCUGUGUUGAAUAUAUAUUUGUAUCCUAUGUGCUUGCGAAAAUUGUUUGUUGAAUUUCUGUAAAAAGAAACUUUGAUUUUUAAUCUUUACUGCCAAAUUUUCCUUUCUUUUCUUUUUUAAAUAGAAAAUUCUCUCAAUUGCAAUAUUUCAACCAUUCAAUAAUGGAUUUGAUUUUUAUAUAGAAUAAAAUAUCUUCUUGUAUUCC